UUCUGUCCUCUCUCAUGACAGUAACCAUGGGUGAGGCGGGAGAGGCGCCGACCCCAGCUGUGGUGAAAGAGGGAUGGCUCAACAAAAGAGGUGAGCACAUCAAGAAUUGGCGGCAGCGGUACUUCUUCCUCUUAGAGGAUGGGACACUCCUGGGCUUCAAGACCAAGCCAGAACAUGGACUGGCAGACCCUCUUAAUAAUUUCACUGUCAAGCGCUGCCAGAUUCUGAAAACAGAGAAGCCACGUCCCAACACUUUUAUUAUUCGAGGUCUACAUUGGACUACUGUCAUAGAGCGAACUUUUAAUGCACAGUCUGCUAGUGACAGAGAAGCAUGGAUGGAAGCAAUAAAGCAAGUGGCGGAGCGGAUAGCAGAGGUGGAUGCGACGUCUGGUCAGAAUGUCCAAAUCCAGCCAGCAGAUUGUGUUGACAUUAAACUCAAUUAUUCACAAGAGGAUGAUGAUGGGCUUGGGGCGAGAAGCUCAAAGAAGAAAAGAAAAAUUACAUUGGAUAAUUUUGAAUUCUUAAAGGUACUUGGGAAAGGGACAUUUGGAAAAGUAAUCUUAUGUCGAGAGAAGAGUAGUAAUCACUUUUAUGCUAUCAAGAUCCUUCGUAAGGAUGUAAUUAUUAAGCGCGAUGAAGUUGCUCACACACUGACGGAAAACCGAGUGUUGCAAAGGGUUGACCACCCUUUCUUAACGUACCUCAAGUAUUCAUUCCAAACAAAUGACCGCCUGUGCUUUGUAAUGGAAUAUGUGAACGGUGGAGAGCUCUUCUUCCAUCUCAACCAGGAGCGCAUCUUCCCGGAGGAACGUGCCAAAUUCUAUGGGGCUGAGAUCUGCUUAGCUUUGGGAUACCUCCAUGAGAGAAACAUUAUAUAUCGUGAUUUAAAGCUAGAGAACUUACUCUUGGAUGCUGAUGGUCACAUUAAGAUUGCUGAUUUUGGUUUAUGCAAAGAAGAUAUAUCAUAUGGUUCUACGACACGAACUUUCUGUGGUACACCAGAGUAUCUGGCUCCUGAGGUUCUUGAAGAAAAUGACUAUGGACGAGGUGUUGACUGGUGGGGUUAUGGAGUGUGUCUCUAUGAGAUGAUGGUAGGACGUCUUCCUUUUUAUGACAAAGAUCAUGACAAACUCUUCCAGCUCAUCGUUUGUGAAGAUGUAAGAUUCCCACGUACAAUAUCACAAGAAGCACGAGACCUCCUUAGGGGCCUGCUGCAUAAGGACCCAAACACACGUCUUGGAGGUGGACCCAGAGAUGUGAAAGAGGUUCAGAAUCACCCCUUCUACAUCACCAUCAACUGGAAAUUGCUGGAGGAGAAGAAA